AUGCGAGAAUUGAAAGAACGUCAAAAGAAGUCGGAUGAAAUCCAGCAGCAAAUGCAAAAAGUGUUUGACAAUAUAGUCACCGGAAAGCAGCAACUGCAACUGUCUUUUAGGAUGGACCAAGGGAACCAAGCAGUAGCGACAACAGGCGCUGUCGCAAAUACCUCUGCCUUGCCAAGGUCAGAAGAUGUAUCGCAAUCAAAACAAUUUUCGGAAGAAGCCCAACAAAGCCCACCACCACCAGAUUAUAACAACACCGCAGUUGCAACUAUUUCACUUCCAUACAAUCAAGAAGGUGUACCGUUAUACAAAAUGAGUCGACAAGUGACAACUGUGUGUGAUCUUUGGGACGAGUGGACAAUAGGUCGAGAUGAAUUCUGGUCUGUUCAAGAAUUAGAAGAAAAUGGGGCGCUAAAUGAAGAAAAGACGACAGAAAACGGUUCAAUAUCCGUAAAAAAAAUCAUUGAUUCCGUUGAAGAUGUGGAAUUUGAGGCUUGA